UUAUUCUUAUAUUUUGUUAUAAUCAAUUUUUUUAUUUUAUAUAGAAGAUAAAAGUUAUGUGCCUUCUUAUAAUAAUUGAACCAAAGUAUACUAUAAUUAUUUUUAUAUACUCACAAAAAAAUAAAAAAAAUGUUGACAUAAAAUCCGUUUAAUGGAUUUCAUUACCGGGAUAUGCGAUUCGUAUAAAAUUUUAAAGUAGUUUUUAAGUAGAACUUAGGUUGAAAUCAGUUUAUUCGUUCAAUCUCCAUGUAAGUUGGUAAGAUAAUGGAUUUGUUCGAACUGAGAUUGUAUCACAGACUAACGUAUGUGGUAAAUUGGAUCCUUCUAGAGUUUCUCUACUUAAAAUAGAUAUGAACAGCGAUUUGCAAAGAUUUUCUUAACUACUAAAUGCUUCUGUAUCGAUCGCAUACAUAUACAUUUAGUGUACAGGUACAAAACGUUACGUAUAUGUACGCUGUUAUACUUAUCAAAUGAAAAUUUAUGAAAUUACGAAUAGUCGUUUCGUUACUUUCGACUGUAUCUUUACUGUAUCGUUAGACAUUGAUUUCAGAGAAAUUGCUGCUAUUUGCGUAUAAUGAUGACAAAACUGGAAAUGUAUCGAGCGUAUGCUCGUUUUGUAAAACGCAUGCUUCUCCUUGGAGGAAUAUAUCCUAUGACCAAAAGUUCUAUUCUCUAUCGACAGUUGCCCGUUUUAACAUUAUUAACUAGUUUUAUUAUGUUUUUUGGUGUAGUGAGAUUCUGUUUAUAUAAUUUCGAUAAUUUGAGUGUUUUUACAAAAGGUUUAAGUCUCGUUGGUAGCUUCUCUUUGAUGAUUGUUAAGGCAUUUAUGUUUAUCAUAUAUCGAAAACAAUUUUAUGAACUACACAGUACGCUCGAAUUAAUGUACAAUGAAGUGCUUGAAAAUACGCAAUUUAGACCCAUCGUUCUAUCGACGAUUAAUUUAUUCCGAUAUCCAGCAUAUAUGGUAUAUUAUUUAAUAUUGGGCACUAUGAGUUUAUAUAUUUUUGCACCAGUUAUAAUAAUUGGAUAUGAAGGAAUCAAAGGUGUAGAACCUAAACAUUAUAGUCUUCCAUUUCUUACCAAUUUUCCGUGGGUUGAUGGAACACCUGGAAUAAUUUAUCAAAUACAGUUCUUGUUCGAAACACAAUGCGUUUGGUUCAUUAUAUUUGUUACGGGCGGUGUUGAUUCAUCUUAUGGAUUUUAUUUAUUUCAAAUGAUUGGGCUAUUACGUGCUAUGUCCUUCGAAUGUAAAAACAGUUUGAAAUCUUCUAGCGAAUUUGAGAACACCUUAUAUAAUUGUAUCAAGAAGCAAAUAGGAUUAUUACGUUGUCGCGAUAUCAUCCAACAAAUUUAUGGACCCAUUGUGCUUGAUUUAAUGUUGACCAACGCUGUCGUCUUGUGUGCACUAAUAUUUCAAGCGUUUCAGACAGAGAUGACUGUAGGUAAAAUGCUUAUAUUUGUGAUUUAUGGAUUAUUGAAAACUAUUCAAGCGUUUAUGUAUUCCUGGUAUGGAAGUAUUAUUACUUCAGAAAGUGAAGCAUUUCAACGAAGUGUAUAUUGCAGCAAAUGGUACGAAUACAGCGAAAAUGUUAUGCUCAUGAAAAAUGUUUUGAUCGUAUUGACGCAAAAACCGAUCGUACUCAUAUCAUGUCAUUUUUCACAUAUUUCAUUGAAUAUUUUUAUUAAGGUAAAAAAAAGGGCAUCUCCACAAGUUGGCGCAGUUGAAAGAUCGUUACCGUUGACCAUUCGCUGGAAGGAUAGGCACCAAUUUGCUCGGAAUUGCUGCUAUUUCCGUAGGACAAUGACAGAACAAGUAGAGCUCUAUAGAAAUUAUGCACGUUUCGUUAAGCGUUUGGUUCUUCUUGCUGGAAUAUGGCCGAUGACACAAAAAGAAAGUUCUUAUUUCUAUCGACAGUUACCAAUUCUAGCCGUAUCAUCGGGUGUCAUUAUGUUUUUUGGUGUACUGCGAUUCUGCCGAGAUAAUAUCAGCAAUUUGAGCCUAUUCACAAAGGGCCUAAGUCUCGUAGGAAGUUUCUCUUUGAUAUCAUUGAAGUUUAAGGCUCUGAUGUUUUUUAUAUAUCGAAAGCAGCUUAGUGAACUGAACGGUAUCCUUGAUCCAAUGUUCGAGAAAACACUUGAAAAUCCACGACUGAGACCUAUACUUUUAUCGCUAUUGAAUCUCUUUCGUUACUUCACUUAUAUCUUUUACAUUUUAAUCACGAGUACCUUGGUUUUAUACAUCUGUACUCCACUUAUAUUCAUAGGAUACGAAGCAAUUAAGGAUAUACAUCCUAGACGAUACGGUCUUCCAUUUCCAACGAGUUUUCCAUGGAUCGAUGGGACUCCUGGAAUAUAUUAUCACAUAGAAUACCUUUUUGAGAUACAAUUUGGUUGGUUCGCUAUAUUUGUAACAAGCAGUGUUGAUUCUUUAUUUGGAUUCUAUAUCUUUCAAAUAGUCGGACUUUUCCGAGCCAUAUCUUACGAAUGCGAAUAUUUCACGCAAUCGGCCGAGGAUUUACACGAUAUUCUUCAUAAUUGUAUUAAAAAACACAUUAAACUUUUACACUGUCGCAAUAUUAUUCAAAAUGUUUAUGGACCGAUCAUAUUCAACUUGGUUUUGACCAGUGCGACGGUCUUAUGUGCAUUAUCGUUCCAAAUAUUUAAGACAGAGAUGACGGUAUCAAAAACUCUUUUAUUCGUUGUUUAUGGUGUAAUGAAAGGAAUACAAACUUUUAUGUAUGCGUGGUAUGGAAGCAUCAUUAUAUCAGAGGGUGAAGAUUUUCGUAGAAGGAUUUAUUGUUGCAAAUGGUACGCAUAUGGUAAUUUAUCUAUUAUGAAAGGCAUUCUUCUUGUAUUAACACAAAAACCGAUGGUAUUGGUCGCAUGUAAUUUCUUUUCUAUCUCAUUAGAUAUGUUUCUUAAGGUAACCAUAGUAUUUACGAUCUUAUACGUUAUACUUGACAUAAAUUAUAAAAUAAAUCUAAGAUAAUAUAUGAUUCAUUUUUCAGAUUAUCAAUACGUCCAUAUCGUAUUAUUUUUUAUUACAAACAUUCGAAGAAAUGAAUGCACCUUAAUUCGUUAGAAACUUGUAUCGAUA